AUGAAUUCGACUCCUCACGACGUAAAUCCAAUGAGUGAAAAUCGUUCAACACAUCGUGUAUCUAAGCCAUCAUCAUAUACUAAUUCAACGAGGGCCAGUGACAAUCAUGAACAUCAUCUAUUAGCAGAAUCAUUUAAUAAUAUGAAACUAACACCAGAAGUACAUAAUGUUUCGCAAGCAGUUCCACUGCAUACACUUCAUGAUACAAAACGUUUACGAACACAUUCACAACCAAAAGGAACUAUACCAUAUACAGUUACUAAUCAUGAUACAAUAGAAAAAGUGGCAAUUCAUUUUAAUUUGACAUCCUCGGAAUUGCUACAAAUUAAUAAACUUAAUUCACGUAUGCUCUUUCCUGGACAAAUACUAUUCAUACCGGAAGCAAGUGUAUCAGAAGCUUCAAAUCAACAAUCGUCAACUGUCGAUACAACAGAUUCUCCAUCGUCAGUAAAAACUGUAGAUAGAAAUAAUGCAUUUACUGUUCAUAAAGAGCCUCAUACAUUUAAUGACUCUUCGUCAUCACAUGCUCUUCCUUUAAAUCAUCCAUUACAAAAAGAUGUUGGUUCUGUGAUUUGGUCGAUUGCUCGACAUGCAACAGCACGACCAGGUCAUGCUGAACGAUUAACAAGUGAUUCUAAUACUGACGAUGACUCCUUAUCAACAGAUGAUCAUAGUAAAAAUAUCAAAAUUUCAAAUAAAUCUUCAUCGUUAAAUCGCAUUCAUCACGUUGACAGCGAAAGACUUCAACGCUUUAUUAAAGUUAAUGUACGAUUAAUGACUGAAGAUCAUGAAAGUAUUUCCGGUACUUUAAUUGUUACACCUAAUGCCAUUAUGUUUGAUCCGGAUGUUCUCGACCCAUUAGUUCAAGAACAUGGCAGCGGGAAAUAUGGAUUGAUCGUAAGAAUGGAGUUUAUUGCUGGUAUUGGUUUAUAUGAAGAUUUAGCAAUGUACGAACAUGAAGCAACUUACUUUGAUGAAGAAAAGCGAAAAACGUUUCAUUCAAUCAGUAUAAAAAACUAUCAAUACAAUCGAAAAAUUUCAGGAUUAAAUACCGAUGACGAAGAAAUUCGUGAUUUAAUGUCAUGGAUGUUAGAUAAAAUUGAUAAAGAAUUAAAACCUUCGACGUCCAAUGAUGAAUGUUGUGUAAUAUUUGAUGCAGCAUCAACAAUAAAACGUCAUAUGUCAAUGGAUUGUUCGGAUAGUAAUUAUAAUGAUGAUCCAUUUCUACCAGCACCAACGGAUGCUUCAUUAGAAAAUUUAAAUGAUUUAUUUCAACCAAUUGAUGAUUAUAAACAUUCACUUGGAAUUUUACUUGACGAUGAUAACAGUCAUACAAAUACAAAUUUUCAUCAAUUACCAUCACAGGGGUGUCUUGUGAAAAAUCAUGUGCCACGUGAUCAAUUUAAUAAACGCUUUGAUGAAAUUGACGCAUUACUACGCAAACAACAAGAAACAUAUUUUGGACCACAUCAUAUUGAAAUCCCUUAUUAUUUAUCUUUAAAAGCAAGCAUGCAUGUAAAUGAUGUGCCAUCGUUAAAACCAAAGCAAUACAAACAGAUUAGCGAAAAAGUUAAAGAUAAUUUUUAUGGAAAAAAACAAGUUAACCAAGAAUAUUGGUUUUCUGUACCACAAAACAAAACUGCAGCUUUAUAUGAGUUUUUCCGUCGUUGGACUCCUGAACGUGCAUUAAAUCCAUUAAUUGAUGAUGAUAAAACAUCAUCAAAUAUUCAUCAGUCAAACCCAAAUAAUGAACCAUCGAAAAAAAGCUUCGUUCUAUUACCUGAUGAUAACAGUAAAUUAGCGGAAGAUUAUUUAAAAUCACAAAAUUCAAACAACCAAAUUAAAAAUAACGAGUCACGAAAGAAACCUCAUUAUCUCUCACGACAAAAUACAUUGCUCAAGGAUUGGGAGUAUAACAAUAGAAGAACAAAUCUAAGUAUGAUUCGUACUGUACCUACGGCUUCAACAAAUACUUCAUGUUCAUCUGAUGAACAACAAACACCACAUUCAUCAUCUCGUACACGUCGUUUUACUCUUCAUUCAUUGGCGACACGCUUAUCUGAUUCAAAAAAAACUUUUCUCGAACAAAUUCCUCACCAUCAACAACAUAUAACACGUUUUAGAAAGCGUGCUAGAAGUUUUUUAGCAUCAGCAUUAGUCGAACAUCCAACCGAUAUUAAAACAUCACCAUCCAAGGAACGAAAUUCAGCUCCUGGGAUAAUCAGCGUCGAUGAAAUUUACCGUCGGAUUAACUCAACACAAUCACACAAUGCAUAUGAAAAUGAUCUUGGUUUUCCAGCACCUACACUUCUUCAACCAUCGAUACUUAUUAAUGAAGACCAAUCAAAACAAAUUUUAAUCGAAUUACCAGCACGGGUGCAUGGUCUUAAUUGGUUUAUGAUAUUUAGUACAGAAAUACAUGGAUUUAGUUUAAAUCAGUUAUAUCGUCGAUGUGGAGAAGUUGAUCAUGAUUUACCAGCGUUAAUUAUUGUUAAAGAUGUUGAACAAAAUAUAUUCGGUGCCUUUACAUCACAUCAAUUAAUGAUUAGUGAAGGUUUUUAUGGUACAGGAGAAUCAUUUCUUUUUACAAUCCAUCCUGAUUUUCGAGUGUUUAAUUGGUCAGGCCAUAAUGAAUUUUUUGUCAAAGGUGAUCUUCAUUCUAUAGGAUUCGGAAGUGGAGAAGGUACAUUUGGUUUAUGGCUUGAUGGUGAGUUAUAUCAUGGUCGUACUUGUCCAACUAAAACAUUUGAUAAUGAACGAUUAACGCUCACCGAAGAUUUUAUAGUUGCAAGUAUUGAAGUUUGGACAUUUAUUGAUUAA